AUGCAGCAUCCCUUGGACUUGGGGGCUCACUAUUAUCCCCCGGAGGUUCACCCCGACCACCGCUCCCACUCACACCGCUACCGAAGCUUUAUGAUCGAGGAGAUUCUCACCGACCACCCGGACCACAAGGUGUCUACCCCGGCAGGGGACCUGCUCAAGUUCGGAGUACAAGCUCUGCUCUCGGCGCGGCCAUACCACAACCACCUGGUUUUGAAGGCAGACCAAUCGGGUAUCCUGAAGUUCCCGAUGUCGCCACUCUCCUGCUCACUGGGAUCACCGUUAGGCUCCGCUCUCCUAUCCGGGGCUCCGGGACUCCACGGCGGCUCAGCUUCCCACCACCUCCCGUUGGACCUCCACCUCCGGAGCAAGCUGGAGCACGGCGGAGACGGCAGCAGUAAGACCAAGAAAGGCCGACGGAGCAGGACGGUCUUCACUGAGCUACAGCUAAUGGGAUUGGAGAAAAGAUUUGAAAAACAGAAGUACCUUUCAACACCAGACAGAAUAGAUCUGGCUGAGUCUCUGGAUCUGAGUCAACUACAAGUCAAGACCUGGUACCAGAACAGACGAAUGAAAUGGAAGAAAAUAGUCCUACAAGGAGGAGGACUGGAAUCUCCAACCAAACCAAAAGGCCGUCCUAAGAAGAACUCCAUCCCGUCGAGCGAGCAGCUUUCGGAGCAGGAGAGGUCUGGAGACGUAGACCGUCAGUCGGACGGUUCUACCUCGUCACAUUCAGACACUAACCAAGAGGAAUAAUAACGUUGGUGCUCCGACUAACUGACAACUCUCUGAAGACGUUCACCAGACGGUCAUACAGCCUCUGGGAUGCGUAAUGGUGGUCGACGGUUGAAUCGAAGUGCCUUUGCCCUUGACUUCGAUAUUUUUGGCACUUACAUAGAGAGACUGAU